AGCAGAAGACCACCGAUAUCAUUAUCAAAUCUUCUCAACCUCGAUCCCAUAGACAUCAUCUACGUGUUUAUCGUCGUUUUCCUAGGACAACAUAACCUUUCAUAUCAACCAUACACUGAUUCCCUCAAUCAACCUUCGAAACUGUAGCUCAUCAUGACAUCUUCAUAUCCUCCCGAGAUUUCGACAAAAGAAUCAGAACAACUUCUCGUAACCAUCAAAGAUUGGUCUAUAGCUCAUGGAUUGGCUGUAAGGCCUCCACCGACAUUUUUGCCUACAGAAGCAGAUCCUCAUGGUGUCUUAGCAACUACUGCUCCAGUCACUCUCUUUCCAAGUCCCUUUCCUCGAAUAUGCUUUGAGCAAGCCAAAUCGGUCCAGAAAGCUUAUAAUCUCUUAUACGCAUCGAUUUCUCAAGAUGAGGCCUUUCUUAAAGAUAUCGUUCAAGAAAUCCUUGAAGUAGAUGACUUCAUCGCCGAACUUUGGCGUGUUCAUGUAAAAGUCAAGAGUGAAGGUUAUGUUCAGAAUCUUUCUUUGGGCCUUUUCCGAUCAGAUUACAUGGUUCAUCAGGAAACAUCGGAUGCAACGCCUACGAUUAAGCAGGUCGAAUUCAAUACUAUUGCUUCUUCAUUUGGAGGAUUAUCCUCUCAAACUUCACAAUUGCAUAAAUAUCUUUCCUUGGGUGAUUAUAAUCUUUUCAAUAAGGAUGCAACUAAAUCGUUAAAUCUCCCUGAGAAUACAAGUACCAGAUCAUUAGCAUUAGGAUUGUUAUCGGCUUUUGAACACUAUAAGGGAGCCACUCCCAACUCUGACUACGAUUACUGCACAAUCUUCUUGGUUCAAACACCAGAAAGAAAUAUCUUUGAUCAAAGACACCUUGAAUAUGAACUUCAAAAGCACGGCGUCCCAGUAUUUCGACUAGCAUUUUCAGAGGUUCUCGCACACACCACAAUAGCCCAGACUCCAAAGAGAGAGUUGUUAUAUUCACCACCAAGUAAUCCCUCGAAGAAAUUUGAGGUUGCUGUGGUCUAUCUCCGUGCGGGAUAUGGUCCCCAAGAUUACUCAACUGAAUCCGCUUGGGAAGGUCGUUUUCAAAUCGAGCGGUCAAAUGCAAUUAAAUGCCCAUCAAUUUUGACUCAAUUGGCUGGAGCCAAGAAAGUUCAACAAGUACUUGCUACACCAAGAACUCCCUCUACACCUUCAAUCCUGGAUCGUUUCAUCAAGACAAAUGAUGCAGAUCUCGAGAAACUGGAAGACACAUUUACAAACAUCUUUCCACUCGAUGAAACUCCAGCAGGACUCGAAGCUCGUAAAAUCGCUGUCGAUCCAGAACGCUGUAACGGAUAUGUCCUCAAACCUCAAAGAGAAGGUGGCGGUAAUAACACCUACCGCUCCGCAAUCCCUCCGUUUCUCAAGUCCCUUCCGGAGUCUCAUUGGAAAUCCUUCAUCCUGAUGGAAAUCAUCACUCCCCCACCUGUCCACAACAUGAUUUUGAGAAACGGUAUUAUUGAAAAGGGUGGUGUAAUCUGUGAACUUGGUAUUUACGGAACAUGUCUAUGGGAUCAAACAACCUCGCAAAUCUUACAUAACGAGGAAGCAGGAUAUCUUCUCCGAACAAAGGGUGAUAAGAGUGAAGAGGGUGGUGUGGCUGCUGGUUUUGGGUCUAUGGAUAGUGUGGCUCUUGUUUAGUAUCUCGGGCUAGGUAUCCUCACCUGCAAUACAGCCAAGAUUUAGAAUCGAGAGGAUUAGAUACGGCGACCUAAACACACGCUCCAAACAUAUAUUCAGCCACACUUCAAUCAGGUCCAUCUAUCCAUCCUAGCCCUGCUUUGAGACUCGAGGCAAAAACUGGGUACGGUGACCUGAACAAACCUAGCAUGCCCAGUUGUCCCACGCAUAGCUUCAGCCACAAAUCAUUCAGGAGUUUCUUCGGCAAACUCAUUAAGCAGGCGUCUAAACUAGACCGGAAUCUCAUAUGACGCGUUAGAAUUAUUCUUCAUUCGAGCACGCUUCUCGCGCUUAAUAGAAGGCCGUCAGCCCAAUUAGUAAUCCAGGGAAACCUUAGUAGCCGCAUUCCCGGUGAAACUUAUGAACUCGCUUACAACGGCAUGCCUCCUUUUAUACCAUCACCAUUGUUGUCGCUGAACAUUUUUAUCAUCCUUUACAUACCGUUUUACUUUAUUUUUUUAUUUUUUAUUUUUGCUUCUACUGUACGUGUGUGAAGGAGUUCCACAGGCGUCAUCUGUGCUAUGUUCUUUUCGUGAACCUUAUCAAAGUAAAUGUUUAUGGGCGCCAAGGAAACUAGCUUUCAAGCUGGGGGCUACACGAUUCCUAUUCCCGGUACAGGAACAAAACUCAGGUCCCGUUACAUGCACUCCAGAGAUUAACAGACUCAAGGAUGUACCGGAUAAGUAAAUCACACGAAGGUAAACAUAAAGUUUUGAAUCAUCAUAUAUUCAUGCCGAGACUUCCACGGGUUGAGAUGACGCAAGUCUCCAUUUCUUAGAGUUUUUGAGAAUAGAUAGGUGAUCGUUUUUGAGAUGGCGAAUCAAAAAAUGGUAAAUAUUGUGAACAUUUCUUGACCUCUGUAUCUUCAUCAAGAAUUUUGUUGGCGUUCUUCUUAUCAUGUCCGUAUUUGCGUCUAGUAAAGUACCAUCGUCAAAUCAACCAAGUCAAAGGCCAACAAGGUAGUUGUUUGUUUUCCGAAUUUAAAUCGAUACUCAAUGGUUCCAUAAGAACGCUCUGUACUGAAUGAGACUAUGGCAUGAAAAGUGAAAUCA